UGUUAACUAAAGCAGAUCACAGAGCCUUACAGCCCUGCUAGUGCACAUCACUACCUCCAUUGACAGACACUGAGAGGACCUCCAACCUAUCACUCUGAUCCCUGGACUCUGCUAGCUCAGCAUUGCAGAAAAGAAGCAGGAUAGGCAGAUAUUCUCAGAAACCACAAACCUGAUUUCUAGGAGAGCUUCCUGCAGACUUGCUGUUUCUAACCAGCACAUUCCCAUCCUUGUGAGAGCUCCCAUUGAACUCUGAAGCACAAACUGAAGCAGAUGCUUUAUUGCAGUUCUUACUCCUGGACCAGCCAGAUUAUACAAGGAUAAGACAUCACUGGGCUAUUUUUCUUCAUUCUCAUUACCCAGCUUUCAAUACAAUGCAGCAACUGAAAGGCUAAAGGUCUGGGAGCCUCUGGAAUUAUAUACCGGAGAAUUGUUACAAUGGGAAGCAGUGUGUGGAGUUAAAAGACCGAUAGCAGCUUGAAUUGAAAGAAAUGGAAGAGAGUUAAUUUCUGCAUUCAUUAUGUUUCUGAUGGCGGUUUUGAAGUACUGCACAUUUGCACAAGAGAACAAGCGAAGUACAGUGAUUUUCUGGAGCUUAGCACUUUGUAAGUACCAAGGUGCAGUAUCUUCAUCUUGGACCAAAGUGAAUGACGGUUUAUAUAACAAAGGGUUCCUGUGAGUGUUUGGUGACCAGGGACCUUUCUUUCUGCUGAAAAAGAAACGGUGUCAUUUCCAUUAGAGCAAUGCAUACAGGAAUUCAUGCUCAGGAACUGAAAACCGAGAGAAUGAGAGAAAGCUGUGUCAGCUGAUCAGCUUUCAAACCACCUUCAAACCCUCAAUUUUCUUAAAAUGAUCUGUCCAUCAAUGGCGUCUCUAGGGCUCCCCUUUGGAACCUUUAUAGGAGAAGAAUGAAAUGAAUAGAAAUGGAAGACACGGCACAGCAACCUGAAAAUGAAAUUCAUUUUUAUUUUUCCAGCACAUAAGUUUUUAGUGCAAAGGUAUUUUUUUUCCCAAAGAUAAUUUUAGUAUUUUCAUAGACAACAUUUUUCUGUAAAAGUUUCUUUUAAUAUGAGGUAUAGAAUGCACAGAGUGAUAUUUUACAAAUAUGGAAACAUAAUGUCCUACCAUAAUUGAUGAAAUUACAAAGAAUUUAAAAAUAUAUAAAGAGGAUAAUGUACAAGAUAUGGCCAAAAUAAUUGUAAAAUUUCAACGCUAUUUUCGACGGAAGCCUGUACGCUUUUUUACAUUUAUUAUAUUAUAUCUGACUGCUGGCAGUGUGGUUUUCCUCCAUGCUACUUUUGAAGGUGAACACAUUAUAUCAGAUAAUGUCAAAUCCUUGGUUGAUGGCAGCAGUGCUGGAACAGAUCUUCAGGAUGUCGGGGUUUCCCAGCUGAGUAGAGUAUUUAAAGAGGCUCCAGAGUCUCCAAGCCCACCACGGAGAUAUGGACCAUGGUUGAAAACCACAACAAAAGACUUGCCAGAGAGGACUAAGCAAGGAGACUUUGGUGGAACUUGGAACAGGGCUCUGAAAGGGAGAGUCAUACGAGAGCAAGAGGAAGGAAGAGCAAAGUAUAUUGGCUGUUACAUGGAUGACACAAGGCAGAGAGCCCUCCGUGGAGUGUCCUUUUUCGACUACAAAAAGAUGACAGUGUUCCGUUGCCAAGACAACUGUGCUGAACGGGGUUACAUGUAUGCCGGACUCGAAUUUGGAGCAGAAUGUUACUGCGGUCACAAAAUCAAAGCCUUAAAUGUCAGCGAGUCAGAAUGUAACAUGGAAUGCAAGGGGGAAAAGAAUAACAUUUGUGGAGGAGUAAAUCGCCUCUCCAUAUACAGACUUGAACUCACCCAGGAGUCUGCAAGGAGGUAUGGUAGUGCCAUCUUUCGAGGAUGUUUUCACCGACCAGACAAUGUAUCGCUUUCUCUGGCCCUCCCUGUUAGCAGCACUUUGUUGAACAUGUCCGUGGACAAAUGUGUGGAUCUCUGCACUGAAAAGGAGUAUCCACUGGCAGUGCUUGCAGGAACAGUCUGUUACUGUGCCUUCCCCACAGCUUAUUUCACACUUCAUGAGCGUGAGGAUGAACAGCUGUGUGCUCAGAAAUGCAUGGGAGAAGAAUUUGAGAGCUGUGGCACACUGGAUUACUUCAUAGUUUAUCAGACCCAAGUACAAGAUAAUCGAUGCAUGGACAGAAGAUUUUUACAUACACGUUCAAAACAGCUUAUAGCACUGGCAAGCUUUCCCGGUGCAGGAAACACAUGGGCACGCCAUUUGAUUGAACUGGCUACUGGAUUCUAUACUGGUAGCUAUUACUUUGAUGGCUCUUUAUAUAACAAAGGAUUUAAAGGGGAAAGAGACCAUUGGCGGAAUGGACGGACAGUUUGCAUUAAGACUCAUGAAAGUGGCAGAAAGGAGAUUGAAGCUUUUGAUUCAGCCAUCCUACUAAUCCGUAAUCCUUACAAAGCCUUAAUGGCAGAGUUCAAUCGAAAGUAUGGAGGACAUGUUGGUUUUGCUUCCCAAGCACAUUGGAAGGGAAAAGAAUGGCCCGAAUUUGUAAACAACUAUGCACCAUGGUGGGCGACCCACACACUAGACUGGCUGAAGUAUGGAAAGAAUGUGUUGGUCGUACAUUUUGAGGACCUAAAGCAAGAUCUAUUUGUUCAGCUUAAGAGGAUGAUAAACUUGUUAGGUCUACCCGUCUUAGCAGACAGACUACUAUGCGUUGAAGGCCAGAAAGACGGAAACUUCAAGCGUUCUGGUUUAAGAAAAUUGGAAUAUGAUCCGUACACUGCGGACAUGAGAAAAAUGAUCUCCAAUUACAUUAGAACAGUAGAUAAAGCUUUGAAGUUCAGAAAUCUCACAGGAGUUCCGCAGGACUAUUACCCAAGAUGAUGACACUGGUCGGUUGGCACGGCUCUGGGACAGAGAUUCCCAGUGGAUAGAUACUUCCACCCAGUGGGUGGUUUUUGAUGACUUUUCUGCUGCUACUAAUGUUUAAUGAAUUAUGUGCAUGAAUCAAUGAUCACCAAUCAAUGCUUAAAUUAUCUGGCAAGCCAGAAGAUUUUAGAUUUAAUGCACUGAACUUUUUGUUCUCCGUAUGCAGAAAUUACUGCGUGGUUUUUGCAAAGCAAAUUUUCACUUUAAAAAAAAAAAAAAGACGUUUUAAAAAAAUUGCACAUUUAAUUUAUGGGCAUAAAUGCAAGUCGAGAGGAAUCUUUUAUUCUUAAAAAUACAUUUCUGCGGUUUUCUGUUUUAUUUUUUUGUUUGUUUGUUUUUUAAGCAAAUUCUGGAUUUCCCCAAAAUUUGGGAGGAAAAUAGUCACAUUGUUUAGUCCCAAUAAAGUAUAACAUUACAGUUUUUGAAAAAAAAUCAUAUAUAUUCCUGCUUGACAUGAUGUGAGUCAGUGACCAAAUCAUGAUGAUCUAACAUGCCAGUAGAGAUGUUAUUAUAUAUAAAGGGCAUUAAUAAUCAAAAUAACCAAAAAAAUGGACAGCGCUAAAAAAUGUACUAACGUGUGAAACAAACUCAAUUAAUGAGUAUAACUAAUCCAGUAGCAAUCACCCAAAAAUAGUGACACACAAUGCAGAAUCAAAAACUAGUGUUGCACUUGCAAUAAUACUUAACAAAAUUCAAUAAUAUAACAGAAGAAAAAUCUGUAUAAAAAUUGUAUAAAAGAAAUAUUUAGUGCAGACCAACUGAUCCAACUACAUAAAAAUACGCGAGGGUAUGUCCAGU